GCUAAGGAAGAAGUAAAAGUGCUUGUCCUUCGGCUCGGCGCCCACAGUUUCCCCGGAUCUACGGUGUGUUCCAGCCAAGCUCUUGGUUCUUAUAAUCGAGGCACCCAAAGCACAACUGCAGUGUCAAGCAGACGCCGCCCGAUAGAGUAUUCAGAGAGACAGAGAGGAACGCCAACAGCGACAACCAGUUCGUUGACAGUGAACGUGACAGCGACAACCAUGCUCGUAGCCAGGAGGGACCCCGAUAAACAACAGACGCUUUCACCGGGGCUGAACACGCAGCACGGAUUCUUGAAGCAGGUCGAGCGCAACCAGUACCAACGUCUGAAACAGCUCGAAGAAGAAGCGGAUAAACGUGUCGAGGCUGCUAGGUUGGCACGUCGUGUCGGCCUACCUCCGAGGUCGACCAAACCGACGCGGGAGAUCUACCAGCCUCCACCCAUUAGAGUCCGCGAUCGACUUCAACAACGCAUGAGCACCGCAUCAAGUCUCGUAGCAGAAAGCGUCCAACAGGAGCAGACGAGUGGUCCCAAGGAUGAAGAAAUGUCGCAUAAGUGCCAUAUACCUUCGGACGAGCGCUUCGAAGCUGCGCCUGUCUCGCCACUGCCAUCAUUGAGAGACGACCAGAAAGCGGCUGCAGCGAGCGGCCCCACUUGCCCUGAGGCCGUUGCGUGGAGCAAAAGGCAUCCGGGCACUUUGCGGUACAUCGUCGCACAAGCGACACUCGACCCAACGGGACUGACCGGCACUCUCUGGGCUGCACUGGCACGAGCCCUUUGCAAGAGCGUCAUCGAAGGCGACGAGAGUGCUUUAGCGGUGGCCACGCCCUGCGUCUUCUUUAGCGAGAGGGACAAGAGCGGGGUAUUUUCACGUGCUCUACUGAACGCCGUCCACAAAUGGUUCAAUCGACGCGGAGAGCUGCUGGAGGAGUCCAGUGGUUACCCGCGUCGUUGGACGACAUACGUGUCCCUGGUGACCGUGCUCUUCCUGGAACUGAGGCGUAAAAGCGGUGGCGCCUACGACGUCAUGUUCCUGGCCACGUUGCUCUGCAACUGUUGCCUCGUCAUUCUAUGUCAUCCGUUGCUAGGCAACGACAACGAGAUGGAGUGCCUGCGAUGGGUGCUAACUGCAGCCGGUUCAGCUAUGCAAGCCACCGUCCCAUGGCUUAUGACGAUGCUGACCGGGCGCAUGCGCAGCGCCUUCAUGCAGCCGGGUGUCUCGGCUAAGGCGCGCUACACGCUGCUCGAACUGAUCGAGCUGCGCGCCUCCGGAUGGCAGCUGAACGCAGCGCAGGUUCAGUACUACAGGCCGCAGGCGAAACCGGGCCUACCUGGAACCCGAAGCUAAGAGCACCACAGGAGCAGCCGCAGAUGGUCAACAUUCUGGCAAUGCCCUUGCCGGCUGUUACCACGGCUGAGGUGCCCGAGCAACCGUGGAAGCCGACUCAGGCGAACACCUCAACGAAAGCGCUCCGAUUGCCUCCGUGAGGACUUAUAGCCAGCCCUUGUUUUCUGUAAUAACAUCCUUGUCUACAAGAAUUUGCCCUGCCACGCCUAUUUUUGUGUGGUCUCCUGUAAAUUCACUCAGUUGGUAAAGCUAUGCAAUAAAUAUAUUC